AUGCGUGCGUUCGAAUCUGUCUUCGCAGCCAUUGCCUGCUUGGCCCAUAUUGGCAUGACAGAUGCAUUGUCCUUCACUCAGUGGCCAGGUGUCAUCCAUACUGGUGAAGACAAUACCGUGAAGUGGAUCGGUGACCCCGACCUCCCCACGACUAUUACCCUUCUCAGGGGCGCGGCGAACGACCUUGGCGACGUGUAUGUCCUUACGCGUGAUGCCCGUGGGAAUGAAUACACCUGGAAGGCCAAUGAUGACCUGCAGGAUGGCUCAGAUUACGCUCUGCAAAUUCAACAAAACGAAGAAAUCAACUACACCGGACAUAUAAUUGUCGAGCAUCCCAACGGCCAAGCACCAUCUUCAAAGGGGCCGCGUCCCGAUGAGGACCCUAACUCCCCAGAUUUCAGUACAGCUCCGCGUAACGGGACAACGGGUGUCGCAAAGGGCAACAACGCGACUAUUACAGUUACUCAUGUCAAACAUGAUGAUAAACCAAGUACGGGUAAUAACCACACUUCCAAUAAAAGUGCCGUGUCUGCUAAGACGCAGUCAGACGAUGCGUCUCUUCGCAACUGGUCGCCUAACUUGAUCCUGGCCGUCGUCGCUGUUCUGUACCUCAACUAUUAG